UCAGCAUCAUGGCUUCCAGAGAAUAUUAUAGUGAGGGUGCCAGGGCCCACCAGAGAGAGUUUGCCAAGUUCCUCGAUUCCCAGGAUCCCCUCAAUCGCUUCAGAAAAGAGUUUAUCAUUCCGUCGAAGAAGGACUUGAAGAGAAAGGUCCUGGCAGUGGAUGAAAGUGCGUACCAUUGACCAUUGGAUCUCUGGAGAGUGCUGCUAGGAUAGUCCUGGUGGCUUACAACUUGCGUCUGCUAUAGAGGAAGACCCCUCCGAUCCAAGAUGCAUCUACUUCUGCGGCAACUCGCUCGGACCCCAACCGCGCAAUACCCUGAAGUACAUCGAGCGUUACCUUCGGACCUGGGCAACAAAGGGCGUCACUGGACAUUUUGUUCCGCACGAGGACGAAUUGCUUCCCCCAUUUCUGCAUGUCGAAGAAGCAGGCUCGAAGUUAAUGGCACCCGUCGUGGGAGCGCUUCAAAGCGAAGUGGCCGUCAUGGGCACCUUAACAGCAAACAUACACCUCUUGAUGGCGAGCUUUUACCGUCCGACAAAGGAGAAUUAUAAAAUUAUUCUCGAGGGGAAGGCUUUCCCUAGUGAUCAUUUUGCAGUUGAGUCUCAAAUUCAGCAUCAUGGCCUGGACCCAAAGGAUGCCAUGGUCUUGAUCGAACCAGAAGAUCCUACCAAUCCGAUAUUAGGGACGGAGCAAAUUCUGCGGGUUAUCGAUGACAAUGCCUCGGACGCUGCCCUGAUACUUCUUCCUGCCAUUCAAUUCUACACCGGACAAUACUUUGACAUCAAAAAGAUCACCGCCCACGCUCACUCGAAGGGUCUCCUUAUUGGCUGGGAUUGUGCUCACGCUGCGGGCAAUGUCGGCUUGCGCUUGCAUGACUGGGACGUGGACUUUGCUGCUUGGUGUACUUACAAGUACCUGAACAGCGGGCCAGGUGGAAUGGCUGGCUUGUUUGUUCACGAGAGGCAUGGACAGGUGAACCCGGGAAAGGAUUCUGAGACGGUUUCGUUUCGCCCCAGGUUGACUGGCUGGUGGGGCAGUGACAAGGCAACCCGAUUCCUUAUGAAUAAUAAAUUUUUUCCUCAACCUGGCGCAGCAGGAUACCAGCUUUCGAACCCCUCUGUCCUGGACAUGAAUGCCGUGGUUGCGUCCCUACAGCUUUUCAAUCAGACGUCGAUGGCUGAUGUUCGCAAGAAGUCGCUUGACCUUACUGGAUACCUCGAGCAUCUUCUGCUGACCCUCCCUUUUGAUUUUCCGAACGGGAAGCCAUUUAAGAUAAUGACCCCUGCGAACCCGGCAGAGCGGGGCGCUCAAUUGAGUCUACUGCUCACGCCGGGGCUGCUCGACAGCGUUCUCGAGAGCUUGGAGCAGAACGGGGUGGUCGUCGACGAGAGGAAACCGGACGUGAUCCGGGUGGCACCAGCGCCUCUCUUCAACACCUACACUGAAGUGUGGGAGUUCUGCCAGAUCUUUUUAUGCGCCUGCAGAGAUGCGGUUGAGAAGCAGCGGCGAUGAGAUUAAGCUUAUAUAGAAGCUUACAUAGAUCCCUGUAGAGCCCAUUAGUAUGUCGAAAAGUCGGGAAUCCACAUCGUACCAC